CAUAAUGUCACCAGUCUACUGAUUAUGGUGGACGUGGCCUAGGUGGUGAAUAUUUUUUGUUGUAUUAUGUUUUCAUCGUCAUAAUAUAAUAAGGAAAUGUCUGAAGCGAUUGUGCCCAAGGGUCAGCCGACUCCCGGCGGCGAUCCUGAAAAGAAGGGGUGGUUGUUCAAGUGGACAAAUUACUUAAAAGGUUAUCAGCGACGAUGGUUCGUGUUAUCGAAUGGAUUGUUAUCUUACUACAGAAAUCAAGCAGAGAUGGCGCACACAUGCCGAGGCACCAUCUCUCUGCUCGGCGCCCUGAUCCACACGGCGGACUCCUGCACAUUCGUGAUCAGCAAUGGCGGCACGCAGACCUUCCACAUCAGGGCGCACGACGAAGUGGAGCGGCAGAGCUGGGUCACCGCGCUGGAGCUGGCUAAAGCCAAGGCCAUUCGAGCACAAGAGUCAGACGAUGACGAGUCGGACGGCGGGGCGGCGGCCUGCGCUGAAGGCGAGAGCGAAGACGCGGGCGGCAUCGCGCGCGAACUAGCUGCCAGAUUCCACGACCUCCGCACCUGCUCGGAGCUGGUGGCGCGGCACGGUUCAGCCCUCCAACGGUCUCUGGUGGACCUGGAGAUCCCACCCUCAGACACCACCAAGCAGGUGUCCGAGCGAGCCACGCUCUUCCGGAUAUCCUGUAACGCCAUGAUGAACGCAUGUUCAGAAUUCAUGAGCGCAGCGGCAGCUUCAAGCGCGCGAAUGUCGCGCGCCCUACAACACGAGCGGGAUCAGAAAAUGCGGCUCCAAGAGGCGGUAGAGCAACUCGCCAGACAACACGACAACUUGGAGAAGGCCGUCAGUCAUCGCACAGGGGGUAACGGCACAGGACAGGGCAAUGAAACAGAGGACGAAGACCAUGAAUUCUUCGAUGCCAUGGAAGAUGGUGUCAGCUCCACGGACGACAAAGCACACAAUUCAUUUGUAAUGAAAGUACCUGUAAACAGAAAAAACAAAGUAAAAAGCGGAGAAAGCUCCGAUGACUCGGAGCCUGAGAUUGUAACAGAGACACAGCAGGUUUACUUCGUGGAGGAGCGACCAGAGAGCUCCAUGGGAGGCGUGGACUCCGCCGCACCCACCAGCAAACCGCCGGCGGACUCCAAGACCAUGGACAUCACAGUCUGGCCGCACGUGUCGCAGGUGGUGUCGAUGGUGGACGGGCACCCUCGGCGCACGCGCGUGCCCGACAAGCCCAACUACCCGCUCAGUCUCUGGUCCAUCAUGAAGAACUGCAUAGGCAAAGAGUUAUCAAAGAUCCCCAUCCCGGUGAACUUCAGCGAGCCGCUGUCGAUGCUGCAGCGGCUGGCGGAGGACUACGAGUACUCGUCGGUGCUCGACGAGGCGGCGCGGUUCAACGACCCCGCGCAGCAGCUCGCCUACGUGGCCGCCUUCACCGUGUCCGCGUACGCCACCACGGCCUGCAGAACGAAUAAGCCCUUCAACCCCCUACUAGGCGAGACGUACGAGUGCGACAGAAUGUCAGACCUCGGCUGGCGGUGUAUCUCGGAACAGGUGUCGCACCACCCGCCCAUGGUGGCGCAGCACUGCGAGGGCGUGGCGGGCUGGCAGUGCUGGCAGGAGUUCACCAUGACCACCAAGUUCCGCGGGAAGUACCUGCAGGUGGUGCCGCUCGGCGCCGCCUCCGCCUGCUUCCCCAGCCAGGGCAACAAGUACACCUGGAGGAAGGUGACGACAACAGUCCACAACAUAAUCGUGGGCAAGCUGUGGGUGGACAACCACGGCGACAUGGACAUCGUCGGCGAGGCGGGCGCGGCGGCCGGCUACGUGGCGCACCUCAAGUACCAGCCCUACGGGUACUUCAGCAAGGACACGCAGCGGAAGGUCACCGGCGUCAUCAAGGACCCCAACGGCGUGCCACGCUACGUACUGCAAGGGCACUGGGACAGCCGUGUGGAGGUGGCGCCCGUGACCAGCGCGUCGCCCGACAACACGGUCUGCAAGACCGGCAAGUUCACCGUGGCCUGGCAGCGCGUCGACGCGCCGCCAGACUCCGACAAAUGGUACAACUUCACCCUGCUGGCGGCGCAGCUGAACGAGCCGGAGCCGGGCGUGGCGCCCACCGACUCGCGGCUGCGGCCCGACCAGCGCCUCAUGGAGGAGGGGCUCUGGGACGAGGCCAACGCGGAGAAGUUGCGGCUAGAAGAGAAGCAGCGCGGCAAGCGGCGCGCGCAGGAGGCGGCGGCCGAGGCGGCGGCGGCGCGCGGCCUGCCCGCGCCCGAGCCGCCGCGCCCGCUGUGGUUCACGCGCGACGCCGGCCCCGGCGAGGCGCAGCUGCGCCAUCUCUACAACAACACCUACUGGGAGUGCAAGCAGCGCCAGGACUGGGCGCGCUGCCCCGACAUCUUCUAG